CUCUGCUGACACUUCAGCUCACACUCGCCAUCCAUUCGUCAUCAUGAAGGUCUCCAUGGCUGCCCUUGCUGUCCUGCUCUGCGCCAUGGCUCUCUGUCACCAGGCCUUCUCUAUGCCAUUUGGUCCCAACACCCCGGCUGCCUGCUGCUUCUCCUACGUUGACCACCAAAUUCCACGCAAAUUCAUAGUUGAUUAUUUUGAGACCAACAGUCAGUGCUUCCAUCUGGGUGUCAUCUUCCUAACCAAGAGAAACAGGAAGAUCUGUGCUGACCCCAGCCAGGACUGGGUGCAAGAGUACAUCUCUGACCUGGAGCUGAAGGCAAAUAGACAGCAGAAGACACAGUGA